GAUGGGUGGCAACAACUCCAGACCCCAAAAGGAAGCUGUACCUGUGGACAGAGGAAGUACUCAACGGAAUAUCGUCCAACAAAACACACAGCCGGAUGCCGAACCACAUUACAUGACUGCAUCUGGUAUACCCGUGGUCCAGAGAACGGCACCAAGUCCUGUCGUCGCUCCCGACCCUGCACUACAAGAAUUCAGGGCGGUGUCUGUUGAGCCGAGUGGCCGCCAAAGCGAAAUGGGGAGCAUUGCCUCGCAAGUGACUCCAUUAGCACCACAUCGUACCUGGUUCAUGCGCAUCGUCGAGAAUCAUUAUUCUCGGAGCAUUAUCGACCAACUCAUCCUGGAGACCAACCCACAAUGCAGGUUGAAUCGUUUGAAGCGCCUACGCAAGAUCUAUACGAGCCCUGUUGUACGACUAUCUGCAGCCAACAGACAACGCGUCAAAGUCAUCGAUGCUCAGAUCGAAGAACUCGAGUUUCUCAUGACAAAUGACGAUGGCAAACCUUUCACGCGAUAUCGUACCACCGACGAUGAGGACCCUUCACCACCAUCGACUGAGAUCAGUAGGAGUGUGGAAGAGCGUCCGGUUCCAAUGAUCGCUCAGCUCGCUGACCAACAAGCCUCCGAGUCGUCUGAUGUUGGCUCUGGAAUGCUUAUGGUACCAUACAACAGACCGCUUAGGCGAUACCUCCAGGAAAGUCCACGCUUGCCUCCUCGUGAUUCAAGCAGCUCUUCUCAUAUACGCUCCGGCAGUAUCAGGCUACCUGGUGGCAGUGCAGUCGAGAGUCGAGACUGGACAGAGCCAAGGAGAUACCCACGAGGUAGCAACAAUCUAUCGCGUGUAUCGGAGGAAGCAUCCACUGGACCGUCUCAUGCCAGAUCUUCGAGACCUGUUCGAUCGGGGCCACCUCCUUCUGUCGGACCUUCAGUUGUUCUUGAACCCGACCCUCACAAUUCAAGGCUUUUCGUACCCGUUGAACCUUCAAGGAGAUCGAAUACGCGCUCGAACGCUUCAAGAGAUCCAUCUAGACAUUCGAGAACCACGGGAAGAGUGUCGCAUAGAACAGCAAGUAGGUACUCCGAGCAGAUUGAUGUAAGGCCAGAGGCAAGGGACCCGCGUUUCGCGCCGGGGAGUUUUGGACCAGGAGGGGGUAUCGGGGAGGAAGUUGACCACUACAGU